UUUUUAGUUUUCUUCUGGGCAGCAAGUAGUUUUGGUAAUGCCCUCUAUGAAGUUUUCUUCUGUUGCUUCUCUUGUGCUUCUUGCAAUAGUGUGCUAAAAAAUCACUGUCCUUGCUUUCGAUGAUGCUUUGGCUCCCUUGCCAGAAAUGGCUACCGGAUCAGCUGUUUCUUAUUCGGCUGCGGUUGCUGCUAUGGCAUUCUCUCUUAUGUAAACUUAUGUAUUUGGGGUCAUCCUGCAUUAGACUCUUCGUGGCUAGAAUGUGUGUUUGUGUAGUGACUUUUAUGUAUUUUAGGAAAAUAUUACAAUACUCUUCGCUUGAAUUAUGAUGAUCUUCUGAUGCUAUUCAAGAAAUCGAAAGUGUUGUUCACAAUCUUAAAAAUCUAAGCAAAAAUAAAGGGUUGAAUUACUCGAAGUGGAACACUGGAGGUGAGAGUAUCGACUGGAAAACAAGAAUCGGACCAAGUAUCAUAAGAGCCCGACCGUUUCUUAUGGCUUUUCUAUAAACAAAGCUUUCAGUUUUCAAUGUCUGGGCUCUAGGGUUUCCACGGCCCAAAGUUUUGAGUGCAGGUGUUGCUAUGUUUUAUUGGAUAAUUUACUUCCAGGAGAACCUCAUUAAUUGAAUAAGUUCUUGGGAAAGUGAAUCUGAAGAUUUGGGUUGGGCUGGAUUGGUUGAAAAAGAAAGAAUUAGGCAUGGCCUCAAGCUCUGCAACAAGUCAAAAUCCAUUCGUUCCACUAACCACCAUCGCUACCCGAUGUAUUUCUGCACUUCAAAUCAAUAGCCACCGCAAGAUUUCUGGUCUUAGACUUUAGAACACACCACACCAGUAUGGCUUCCGUUGUGAUCUCACGUAGACUCUCUCAUAAGUUACUAAAACCCUCUCCUUCCUCGUCUAUUUCCUCCCUUUUCAUCUCCCAUGGACCCCAAAACCACCCUUCCCUUGAUUCUAAUUCCGGUCUUUCUCAACAACCAACCUUAAACACUAAUCUCAAUAUCUCUAAUUCCUUUUCAAGCUUUCCUGCUCGUUACUCCACUCUGAAACACCAAUCACUAAUAGAUCCAAAACCCCCAAAUCUUACUCUCUAUUUUAUUAGAUCGGACUCUCGUACUAGUACUAAAACCAGAGGUCAUGACUUUACUCGUUCUAGUUAUUUCUCCGCAUCUGAUAUCGAAAAAGCCCAAAAUCCAGCUAAAACCCCUGAUUUCAAUCAAAAAGGUUCUAUUUUUACAAAAUCCAAGGAUUCUAGUUUGGAUAGUGAGCUGAAAAAUCCUAGAUUUAUUAGGUUGUUGAACCUUAAACCCAGAUAUUUUUCAAGUUCAAGUUCACCAUCAGAAUCCGAUAAGUCCCAAAACCAAAGCGAGCAUCCAAGCCAAAUCCCUGAUCUCAAACACCAAGAAAUUGAGGGACCAACUGUAGAAAGGGACCUCUCAGCUUUAGCCAAUGAGACCAGAGAGGUUUUGGAAAGUAUGAUGAAGAAUAUUUAUGGUCUGAGCAGAGCUGUUGCUGUGCUGGGUCUGGUUCAACUAGGACUUGGAGCCUUGAUCUCUUAUGUUACAAAAGCAACUCCCAUGACUGAGGUGUCAAUUCAAAGUUUUGUGGCUUUCGGAUUCCCUUUUACAUUGGCCUUUAUGUUGAGGCAAUCAUUGAAGCCAAUGUACUUCUUUAAGAAGAUGGAGGAGCUAGGAAGGUUGCAGAUUUUGACUUUAACACUUCAGGUUGCUAAAAAUUUGAAUAUCUUCUUUGUGAGGGCUCGUGGGGUUUCCUUUUUGUGCAUUGCGGGGAUGUCAGUUGGGCUGUUGAUCACUUUGUUGUCAAGAUGAUUUCUUCCAUUUUGAUUUUUCAAGUCUCAGUUAUCAUAAUAAUAAAUGUUAAUUCUCAUGGUUAGAUUUUCUUUAA